AUGUCUUUCAGAAACAAAAAUUUUUAUAAUGUGCUCGACCGAUUAAUUCCUUCUGAUAUAUUAAAUCAGGACUAUGAUAAAGAUUAUUUGGCUCGACGUAAUUUAUUGCAAGCGCGUGCCGUUAUUAUUGUUACAGUUUCAGUAUGCAUCGCUCUUCUUUUACAACUCCUAAUGGAUAUCUAUCUGAUAUUACUUAAUGGAUCAAUAAAUCAAUCUGAAUUUCCGUGGCCAAUUACUUUAUUCGGUACUACUCUUUAUGUUGAUGUCGAACUAAUUACUGUCGAAUUAACUGAUGAAAUUGAGUCUAUGCAAGAUAAUAAAAAAAAGAUUUCAUUGUCAUCCGAAAGUGAGGUUAGAGAUAGUGAUGAAUAUAAUUCAAAAUUAGAAAAAAUUAAGUUUCGAAUAGAAGUAACUGAUACUGGACCCGGAAUUGAUCCUGAUUUUAUAAAAUUUGAGGGAACAGGACUAGGUCUUAGUAUCGUUAAAGAAGUUGAAUCAAAUGUUGGAGUAGGCAGUAAAUUCUCUUUUGUUCUAGAACUUCCUUUAUCUCAAAGAUGGGAUUCCCUUGUCCCUUGCCAAUUCCCAUUUGAUCAUCAAUUUCUACUACUUUCCUACGAAAAACAAUCACAAUUGAUAUCUUAUUCACGGUCUUUAUCCUUUGCUGUACUGAAAUCCGAAAAUACUGAAUUCCUGCGACGAAUAACACAUUAUUUGGAUCAAUGGGAAUUUAAAUAUCGAUUGAUAAAAAAGGAAGAAUUGAGGGCUGAGUUUGAGAAAGAGCAUGUGGACGUUGUGAUUUUAAAUGAUAGUCUUAGUGAUUUGGAGUGGUUUUUGGACGAGUUUGUACAAUUUUAUAAACCUGUGAAAGGUAUUAAGGAAGGAGGUGACGAAAAUGUAGGGCGAGAGCAUAAGGAUGAGAAGAAACAACGAAUAGUGUUCUUUUCAACGAUUGAAGAUUAUCAAAAUGCGGAGAAUAUAUUACAAAAGUAUAAACCAGCUGGUCCAGUAAAAAUUUUAACGGCCAUAACAAAAGUGAUAGAAUCCUUACUUUCUCCUACAUCCGAAAAUGUAUGCGUGAUAAAAGAAGAACCUGCUGUAUGUAAUUACGUUCAGACACAAGAAACAUGCCUAGGAACGGCUGAUAUGACUGAAGAGUUUCCGAUCGGUGUUACCGAAAAAGCUAUAGCGGGCUCGGUUUCUAGUGUGGGUGAUGUUACUACGAGCACGGAAUAUACUGAAGUAAAAUCGAUUAAAGAACAACCCUCAGAGGUUGAGGAAAUUUAUGAAAAGGAACUUUUAAAAAAAGGCAAAGAGAAAGAAACUGAAGAGAAAAAGUCUCUGAAGGAUAUAUCUUUCCUUGUCGUUGAGGAUAACAAGGUUAAUGCAAUGAUUUUAAAAACAAUGUUAAGACAAGCUGGAUUUAAUAAUUACGAUGUAGCUACUAAUGGGCUUGAAGAGAACGGCGAAGAAUCAUAUUUGAUAUCCGAAACGAUAAAAAGUUCCGAUCUGCCUUCAACAAGUCAUUAUGGGAAACGUCGAAAAAAAGCUAUUAUUAUAGCGAUGACUGGACUUGCCUCUGAAGAAGAAAAAGAACAGCAACAUCCACAGGUGGUUGAGGAAGUAGUCGGUCAGCCGCAAAAAGAG